GUAUAAUAUUGUGUAUAUUUAACUGAAUUUAGAUAAAUUGUAGAGACUUGGAUUUACAUUGAAAUGUAAGACGUUCUUCUAUUGAACAGUGUCAGAAAAUCUUUAUUACAUCGCCUGCGUGAUUUAAUGGUUUAAAAUAAUGAAUUAAAGAAAACACGAGGCCAUGGAACUUUUAUGGGACCUGUGGAAUAAAAGACCUUGUCCGUAGGGUGUGUGCCCUAGCUGUCUGUGAGAACUACAAGCAUCUUCCCUCCUUACUGGCAUUGCAGGAUGAUGAUGCUGCAUAGCAUAGCUGUCCAAUAAAGUUUUAAGAGGCCAAAGGGCAGAAAACGUUGGAACUGUGGCGCUUUCACAAUUCACAUUUCAGAAUGAUUCUCUUUUUAUAUGCAUGUGCUUCUGAACACUGACCCCAUAAAGUAUUGGUUAAUUUUUGAUUUUUUUUCAGCUGAUUUUUCCCCUCCCAGUUGUGUCCGGCUGUGGCAGGGUGGGCAUAAAGAGCAGUGAGCUGGGCAGUUCUUGCCACUGUCAGCCAUCAUCUUCUUGGAUAUCGGAGAAGGAGAAACUGGUGAAGUUUCGUGGAAUCUUAAGAACUACCAACCCCUGAGGGAAACUCUCAUCUAGUCUUCUCUUUUCUAAUUGGCAGCCACCGAUUAUCCUCUUCUUCUACCGUUGCAUUGUCCAAAAUGUCCAUGUUAAAGGCCACAACUGUGCCUGCUGCCUGCUCCCCUCUCUCCACAGUGUGCUCCGGCCCAAACUGCCUCGUUCCUCCCAGCAACUUCAACGAGACGCUGGGCCUGGUGCUGAGCACCGUGCUCACUGUGAUGCUCGCUAUGGUCAUGUUCUCCAUGGGCUGCACCGUGGAGGUCAAAAAGCUGUGGGGCCACAUCAAGAAACCCUGGGGCAUCCUCAUUGGCUUCCUGUGCCAGUUUGGAAUCAUGCCUUUCACAGCCUUCGCCCUGUCGCUGGCCUUCGGUGUGCUGCCAGUGCAGGCUGUUGUCAUUAUCAUUAUGGGCUGCUGUCCCGGAGGCACCGGCUCCAACAUCAUCUGCUACUGGCUGGAUGGAGACAUGGACCUAAGUAUCAGUAUGACAGCCUGCUCCUCUAUCCUGGCUUUGGGGAUGAUGCCUCUCUGCCUGCUCAUUUACACCACCAGCUGGACUUCCUCCGACACCAUCGAGAUCCCAUAUGACAGCAUUGGUAUCACUCUGGUGGCCCUUCUUAUCCCAAUUGGUGCUGGGAUUUUUGUUAAACGCAGGUGGCCCCACCUAGCAAAAAAGAUCCUCAAGGUAGGGUCCAUCGCAGGCUUCGCUCUCAUUAUCAUCAUAGCUGUGGUUGGAGGAAUUCUCUACCAGUCCUCCUGGACCAUUGCUCCCGCCCUGUGGAUUAUCGGAACUAUCUUCCCCUUCAUUGGUUUCGGCCUAGGGUUCUUCUCGGCCCGCUUUGCGGGUCAACCCUGGUACAGAUGUCGAACCAUCGCAUUGGAGACGGGUUUCCAGAACUCGCAGCUGUGCAGCACCAUUGUCCAGCUGUCCUUCAGCCCUGCUGAGUUGGAAGUCAUGUUUGCAUUCCCGCUCAUCUACAGCAUCUUCCAGCUGGUGGUGGCAAUCAUAUGUGUGGGAGCCUACCAGGUGUAUAAAAAGAGAUGUGGCGGUGGUUCAGCUGAUGCAGACAGUGAGGCUCCAUCCCUGGAAGCUGGCGACAGUGACUCAGCAAAAAAGAACGGACACGCUGUGGACAACAGUGCCUUUGAGUUUGAUAACGAUGACCACAGCGGAGAGAAGGACGUCAAAAAGAUCACCCAGCUGUGAGAUCACAGACCUGCAAAUCACAGACUCUGGACUGAUCAGUAUGAACAUCCAGGGCCUCAGCACUACUGCAGACAGCAGCCGAACACACACACUGUGAACACACACUGCACUCUGCAGGCCGGAGCUGUACACCACAGCUCCUGUUCCAAAACAUUUUUCAAGAACCGACAAGCCCGAAUGUCUUCCCUAGUGUGGCCCACAAUUAACUUCAAGGGGGAGCAGUGACUGACACACUGUAUUAUAUUGUGUUGAAUUGCAUUGUAUGAAUAUACAAGACCCUCCUUUGACUUAAUUUAUUCAUAUAGUAUCAUUUCUGUCAGAAAGCCUUUACGUGUCUGAUUCAAACUUGGGGCAGGGUAUCAUUCGGGAAAAUACCUAAUACCGAUGAAUUCUGAAACACUUUAAAACACUUAAAGGUCAUAAAAAUUCAUUCAGAUUUGGCAAUUUGAUGAUGCAUCCACCUUAAUUACUAAAAUGUAUCUGUAUCUUAUCGGCUAUACUGGACCUAUAUUUACUUGGUAUCGGAUCAAUACCAAGUAUUGCAGUAUUGCACACCACUAGUAAGCGGGCAUAUGGUAACUUAAGAGGUAAUAUGGCCUUGUGUGCUCUGAUGAAUGUGGCAUGCAGUUAACACACCAGUCCUAACUAUAGCUUUUAAAGUUAUUUAUUUAAAAGUUUUCUUGAAGGGCUGUGUAGUGGAUAGAGACUUUAAAGUAGUAAAAAACUUCUUUAAACAUUCAUCAUUUAUCUGGUAAGACUCAGAGUUGUGUCAAAUGAGAAGUGUGUUUCGCAGUCAUCAGACCCACUAACAGAGCAUAAUGCUGUUAAGUUUAAAAUAAAAGGUGAUUCUGAUGUAGCAGAUGAAAUCAGUGGUUACUACAGACCACCUUUGGCCCUGGGGCCCAGAUGCAAACUUCUGCUCUGUGUUCUCGGCUCAUUCAGGUCCUUUCACUUAUUCUAUGCCUCUUUUAGACUACAGUAGUCAAUACAUAGAGGUAAGGGUGGGAUCGGGUGCAGCUGAUUCUUGGCAUUUUGAAAUGCAUGAGCUUGUGGUUAUACAUAUCCAUUCAACUGAAGAAACAGGGAUAUGCGGUAUAUCCCAGUAUAUUUAUGAAACAUAUUCACAGCUUAUAUGUUAGUCCUCUGUAUUGUGCAAAUGUAAAAAAAAACAAACACAAAAUUCUAAAUUUCAUGGAUUAACAUCAUAUUACAUUAUAACAUUGUACAUUAACAAAAUAUUUUACAAAACUCUGCAAGAAACGUGCCUUCUGAAAUGAUGUUUUUAUCAAAACACUUUUACAUUGUGGUUGUCUAUUUUGUUGUAAUGAUUCAUGUUUUUAUGUAAAUAUGUGAACUAUUCAGCUCAAUAAACAUAUUCAAAUUUUGUUAACUUA